CCGUAGCCGCCCACGCAUCCCGGGAUCCCGGACGACGCGCGGCGGCGGAGAAACAGCCGGGUGCGUGGAGCGCCGGCCACGCCGAUCCCGCGGAAAGUCUCCUACAUUUCCUGCUCUUGAAAAUCAUGGCUUUAUGAAGAGGAGCUCCUGUUCACUGAGGGGUAUCGUGUGUGUUGCAUGCACCCUGCUGUUGUGGCUGAGCCACUUUUGACUUCAGCCCAUUCAUUUGCAGUGGCUGUCUUUGCCGGCUGCGGACAGCGUUUGGUCCCUGUGGUGUUAGUGGACCAGUCUCGGGCUGCCUUGGGCUUGAGUUGAGUCAGAGCAGGCAUUUGCCAGAGAUGCAGUAGCUCCGAACUUCAGGGACAGGUGCCUUCGAUUCAAUCUGAGAAGUCUUAAAACCUUCGAACAUACGUAGAAUAGAGACCUGAAUCAACGAUAAGGUGGAAAAGAAUGAUGUUGUCCCUAAACAACCUGCAGAAUGUCAUCUAUAACCCGGUAAUCCCCUAUGUCGGGACGAUUCCUGAGCAGUUGGAGCCUGGAACUUUGAUUGUGAUACGUGGGCAUGUUCCUUGUGAUUCGGACAGGUUCCAGGUGGAUCUGCAGUGCGGCAGCAGCGUGAAGCCCCGCGCCGACGUGGCCUUUCAUUUCAAUCCACGCUUCAAGUGGUCCGACUGCAUCGUCUGCAAUACUCUGAAAAAUGAAAAAUGGGGAUGGGAGGAGAUCACCUACGACACGCCUUUCAAAAAAGAAAAAUCUUUUGAGAUUGUGAUUAUGGUGUUGAAAGACAAAUUCCAGGUGGCGGUAAAUGGGAAACAUAUCCUGCUCUAUGCCCACAGGAUUAGCCCGGGGAAGAUAGACACUCUGGGCAUUUAUGGCAAAGUGAAUAUUCACUCAGUUGGUUUUAGCUUCAGCUCGGAUUUAAGAAGUACCCAGACGUCUACUCUGGAACUGACAGAGAUAAGUAAAGAAAAUGUACAAAAGUCUGGCACAUCACAGUUUCCUAGUAAUAGAGGAGACAUUUCUAAAAUCGUACCCAGAACUGUCUGCACCAAGAGCAAAGGUUCGACUGCCAAUCACAGUUUGACUUGCGCCAAAAUACUACCUACCAACUGUUUGUCAAAGACUCUGCCAUUCGUUGCGAGGUUGAACAACUCGAUGGGCCCUGGACGAACUGUCGUCAUUAAAGGAGAAGUGAAUACAAAUGCCAAAGGCUUUAAUGUUGACCUAAUAUCAGGAAAAUCCAAGGAUAUUGCUCUCCACUUGAACCCACGCCUGAAUAUUAAAGCAUUUGUAAGAAAUUCUUUUCUUCACGAGUCCUGGGGAGAAGAAGAGAGAAAUAUUACCUCUUUCCCAUUUACUCCCGGGAUGUACUUUGAGAUGAUAAUUUAUUGUGAUGUUAGAGAAUUCAAGGUUGCCGUAAAUGGUGUACACAGCCUGGAGUACAAGCACAGAUUUAAAGAGCUCAGCAAUAUUGACACGCUGGAAAUUGAUGGAGAUAUUCACUUACUGGAAGUCAGAAGCUGGUAGCCGACAUGCUUGCUACAAAAACUGAAAUACAAAAUGGCUUAUGUGACACUGGCCUUGGUAAAGUGCAUCUCACUAUUAUUGUUUAUCUAUAUUGUUAAAAUGAGCUUGCAUAACAAAGUCCUCCUAGGUGUUCUCAGUCUUGCCACGCAGCGUGGCUUUGUCUAGCCACAGGGUAAGGAAAUUCAAGGCAACAACAACUGACAGCCAUUAUUCAGGCCUUUCUGUUCUCUCUCCCACCUUGACUUCCUUUUUUAAAUGCAAUUCAGAUUCAAUAAGUAUCUAGUAAUCCAGUAGCUAACACACUGAGUACUUAUUUCCUGCCAGCACUGCGCUAGAAGCUGGGGAUAUGUGUAUACAGUGGAACAUAAUACCACUCUGCUCCCUCUUGAGCUCAGAAUCUUUUGGGCUCUGCCCUCGUGUCACCAAUUUUUCUAUAGGCAUUAAUUGUAUAAAGUAACCAGAGACUUAAAAGAAUUACUCAACUGUUAAGUCACCUAGGCACGAAUUUACAAGACACUAUUCCUUCUCUAGCUAUUGCUUUCGUAACCAGAGUUCGAUCAUAUCCCGUAACUGAAAGGACAGACGUUGCCCUUACAUUUGGCAGUUUUCUUUAACAUGAUAAGUAUCUAGCUCUGCUAGCUAUAAGCAUUGCCAAAGAAAUAACACUAUGAUAUCCGGACACAGCGCAAAGUCAAAAAAACGCAGCAAAACAAAAACAAAUGGCGUGAAAGUUAAGUUGAUGUCAAUCUGAAGGCCAUGGAUGUCUAUACCAGUAAAUGCUUACAGGACUUGCACUUGGAGUUAGAGGUCUACACACACUCCACUAGAAAGUUUAAGGUAGAUGAUUUCAAUCUGUAAAAUGUUUAUGGGUGUAACAAAGCAAUUGUCAAGAUUAGAUUUAAUGAUUGUUCAUGAAAUAGGCACACACUAUCAGAAAAUAAAAUACACUGAGACCAAUGAGGUAGAGAGCAGCAGUGUAAAAAUCUGUUGCUUGUCUGCAUGCAAACAAACCCCACUUCUCUGCUCUUCUAAAGAUUAGUCCCUCAUCAUUAACAAGCCAGAUCAAAACAUUGUUCUACUUUAAGUGAUUAAAAUCAAACCUGUAUCAGCAAGUUAAA